GCCGGCCUCUCGCCAGGAGCCCUCCCGGCUUCUCACACCCUCUGCGGACCGGCUCCGCUUUCCUGGUCUCCAAGGCGCCUCCUCCUCCCCGGCAGCACCUCCCGGCUCCCCAUCCCGCGCCCCGGCUCUGCCCCGGGGCUGGCCAAGCUGCAGCCUCCCGGAGCUGGAACAGCGCGGCCGGGGCCCCGAGAGCCGGGGGACGCGACACGCUGCGGCACGGAGGCGCCGCGGGAGGAAGGGAGGCGGCUGCGGGCGGAGCGGAGGCGAUCCGGUGCCCGGCCCCCAUGAGCGGGGCGGCGCUGGUGGGCUACAGCAGCAGCUCGGAGGAUGAAUCCGGCGGGUCCCCGGGAGCUGCGGGGGGAAGAGAGGAGGGGGCGGGAGGCUGCUCGGGGGGGGAGCCGGUGGCCCACGGAGCCGGCCCCGCCCAGACCAGCAUGCCGAUUCCUCGCCUCCCUGUGCCAGACAGCGUCUUAAACAUGUUCAGAGACCAGGAAGAGGAGGUCACGGAUGACAGCACCAAGCAUGGCGGACGAGUGCGCAACUUCCCCCAUGAGCGGGGCAACUGGGCGACGUACGUCUACCUGCCCUGUGACAUCCAGGAGGAAUUGCUGGAGCUGCGGGAGCUCCUCAUUUCCCACGCCCGCAGGUAUGCGGUGUCGCUCACUGCCAUGGAGGAAUUCCACAUCAGCCUCUCCCAGAGCGUGGUGCUGCGCUACCACUGGAUAAACCCCUUGGUCCAGUCCCUCAAGGAACGCGUAGCCUCCUUCUACAGGUUCUUCUGUACGGCCAGCCAGGUUAAGGUGUAUACCAACCAGCACAAAACCAGGACCUUUGUGGGCUUGGAGGUCUCGUGUGGGCAUUCUCAAUUGCUGGAGCUGGUCUCGGAGGUAGAUAAAGUUAUGGAGGAGUUCGAUCUCCCAACGUUCUACAAGAACCCGUCAUUCCAUAUCAGCCUGGCCUGGUGUGCCGGGGACCUGACUGACAAGCUGGAAGGGCAGUGCCUCCAGGAGCUUCAGGAGAUUGUGGAUGGGUUUGAGGACUCUGCAUUCCUGCUGCGAUUCCAGUGGGAUGAGAUCCGCUGCAGAUCUGGGAACAAGUUCUUCUCCUUCCCCUUGAGGUAGGAGACCGGAAGCCACUCACUCCAGCUGCCCUGACGCCUCUGCUAACUGUUGGACAGUUUGGAGUUUCACAUGCAGGCCGAGUUGCUGUUCUCAGCUCAUCAGCCUAGGGAGGUUUGUAGCCUCAAGCCAGGUUGCUUUUGUUUGAAGCCGCUGGCCCUAGAUGUGUGUAUAUGUGAGGCUGUUAGGUUAUUGUGCUGUGUAGAUUGCCAUCUACACAGGCAGUUCUAGGCUACCUAUGGUUGCCAGAUGUGCUGAUGUUUUAAGCCGUAGUCGCCUUCUAGUGCAGAGGCGAGGGAGGUUGCUAAGGGAAGUGUGUCACACAGCUGGAAAUUGCCCUGCAUUGCUAAGGGGAUCUAGAGCAUAGUUACUGUCCUGAACUCUGAGUCCUUAGCUAUUAACAGCAAGUUCCAGGUGUGCAGAGUUAGGUCUUUCUCUAUUAGGACAGAGCAUCUCUCUACCUACAGCUGACUGAGGACAAGUCCCCUUAUAAGGCUCCUCCUCCCCGAUGCCUUUAUUGCCACACUGGAGAAAUUGAGAUCAAAUCCUCAGUCCAAGUCCUGGUGGCAUUAAAUCUGGCAAAGAGGGGGAAGGCCCUUGACUUUCAGUGCUAAGCAGCCUAACUCCAGUUUGGGACUAGUGGAAAGUGUUCCGUUUAAACUGAUCCACAGAGAGACUUGGCGGGGGUGGGGGAGGGGGAGAAGAGCAGCAGGGCACUGAUUUUCAGAGAAUUUUAAAAGGCACAAGGCAGGUUUUUAUUUUAAAUAGGAAGCGUGUCAUACUGCCAAAUGCCCAAAAGAGGGCAGUGUUGGUUUUCCCAAGUGAACUGGCUAGCAAUAAGGGUAUUUGGCAGCCCUCUGAUCAUACCCAAGUCCAGAAUUACCUGCUGUUGUUUAGCUUAAUUUGGGCAAGCCAAGAACAUCGGUCUCCAGGGAGGGGCGCACCUUGCACCAGGACUAACUCCACUUUCAAAUGAAUCAAGCUAACUGGAUCCUGUAAUGACAGCCCUGCACUUCAGCUCCUGAAGCGAUCCUGUGCAGACUGUACUUUCCUGCCCUCGACAGGUGCUUUGGCCUCUCGGACAUUCUGGACAGGGCAGGCAAGUUAUGUCCAUCAUUCCAUAUUUGUCUGCCAGAAGAACCUGAGGCUUUUGUUUAGUAUCAAACUCUGGUUUCUAGUUGCCAUAAAGUUGUUUUCCUGGUAUAUUCUGGACAUGUAGGGCCUGAUUCUCGGAAGUCCUUAGCACCUGCAGCUCCCAUUGACUUCAAAGGAAAUUGUAGAUAUUGAGUGCUUCUGAGAAUCAGCCCCUCAGUGGCCCUUCUCUCCAUUGAGAUAGCAGGGAGGUGGUAUCACUGGCCAACGUGGCUUUGAGAGAGACCAGUAUCACAGGGGAUUCGUUGCCAUUUAAAAUCUUGCUAAGAAGUCCUUUAUGUUUAUCAACUUCUUACCUGCAAUAUUUGAUUGAAAAAAUUCUUAAUGGACUCCCUGAGUGGGUUUGUAGGGGCCAGAAGAUGAAAUUCACUGUUUAAAAUUUUGUAUUAAAUAUAUAUAUAAAUAAA